AAUUCCCGAGGGGAAAAAAAAAGGAAAAAGAAAGAAAGAGAGUGACAGAAAAGAAAAACAGAGCAGCCAUAUUUAUGACUGGACAAUCAACACACUGAUUAAUCAAUCAGAAAGCAGAAAGGAAGAAAGAAAGGAAGAAAGAAAUGGCAACAAGCAUCAAGAAUUCUCUCAUACUACUCACCUUCUUGGCCUUCAUCAUCAUCCAAGGUUUCUGCGACUGUUCGCUGAACAACAUAAACAUAGGAACAGUGAGAAGUGGGAGGGAAAUAAAAGGGAAGCCAGAGUGGGAAGUGACAGUGAUAAACAACUGUUCUUGUUCACAGAGCAAGAUUCAAUUAUCUUGUAAGGGAUUUCAGAGUUCAGAAUCUGUGGAUCCUUCGGUUUUUGCAAAGCAAGGAGAUAGCUGUCUGCUCAUUAAUGGCGGCCCCUUGAAAGCUUUCUCUUCUGUCAAUUUCUCUUAUGCUUGGGACCCUCCUUUUCUGCUUCUCCCUUCCAGCUCUCUUGUAGGUCAUGAUUGUUCUUGAGAACUUUUUCACUGAUUUGCUUUCCCGGAAAGUAGUACAUAAGAUUGGUGCGUGAUGAUUCAUUCUGAAUGAAUAAUACACAUGACUUUGAUUUUCAUUCCAAGUUUGGCCAAUAAAUUGAUCUUUUUCCCCUGUUGGGUUUUGUUCUU